GGAAAGAGCAAUAUGGCGGCGCUGUGUUUAGGAACAGUGAAUAGGGGCGACCACCCGGAAUAGAUAUCGUCUCUGCGCGACUUGUGCACGGCUGUGUGAGCCGCCGUCAGAUGCUGGAGCUCCAGGCCCAGCUGUGCCGUGCCACUGACAGAUUCAAGUCUUGCUUUUCAAGUCAAAAUGGACAAAAUUUUGGAAGGCUUAGUGACAUCUUCUCAUCCUUUAAACUUGAAGAAAGUCAUUGUGAAAAAGGUUGUGGAAUCUGCUGAGAACUCUGUCAAUGAGGAGCAAUGCAAAGCUAUGUUCACCUUGACCACCCGAUUGGUAUUGGAGGGUGAGGACUGUUUUCAGAAGCAAGUUGGGCACCAAGUUUUGGAAGCAUAUGCAAGAUAUCACCGCGCAGAGUUUGAAAACUUUUUCAAUCGAAACCUUGUCCUUAGCCUCCUACAGGAAGGCUAUGGGUCUUUAGACCGAAGGGAUGUAGCAAUCAUUGACUACAUUCACAGUGGACUCAAGUUGAUCAUGAGUUGUCCUUCUGUUCUGGACAUUUUUGCUGUCCUCCAGGUGGAGGUCCUGAGAGUAGUUUGUGAAAGACCUGAGCCAUUAUUGUGUGCUAGGUUGAGUGAGCUACUGAGUGACUUUGUACAAUGCGUUCCAAAAGGUAAAAUGUCCAUCUCCUUUUGCCAGCAGCUUGUUAGGACCAUUGGACAUUUCCAAUGUAUUUCAACACUGGAGAAGGAACUACGAGAAUAUGUUUCUCAAGUCACCAAAGUCAGUAGCUUACUACAGAAUAUCUGGAAGGCCGAGCCAUGCACUUUACUUCCAUCCCUACAAGAAGUGUUUGCUAUCAUUUCUUCCACAGAUGCUUCCUUUGAACCAUCUGUUGCCUUGGCCAGCCUGGUACAGCAUAUUCCAUUACAGAUGAUUACUGUCCUCAUCAGAAGUUUGACCACAGAUCCUAAUGUAAAGGAUGCAAGCAUGACUCAAGCUCUCUGCAGGAUGAUUGACUGGCUUUCCUGGCCUCUAGCACAGCAUGUGGAGACAUGGGUGAUCGCUCUGCUGAAGGGACUGGCUGCCGUCCAGAAAUUUACUAUUCUCAUCGAUGUCACAUUGCACAAAAUUGAAUUGGUGUUUAACAGACUCUGGUUCCCCUUGGUAAGGCCAGGAGCGUUGGCUGUACUUUCUCACAUGUUGCUCAGCUUUCAACAUUCUCCAGAGGCUUUUCACAUGAUUGUCCCCCAUGUUGUUAACUUGUUUCAGUCCUUUAAGAGUGAUGGUCUCCCGUCAAGUACAGCUUUCCUCAUCCAGUUUUCGGAAUUGAUGCACUGCAUGAUCUAUCAUUAUUCUGGGUUUCCAGACCUUUAUGAGCCUAUUUUGGAAGCCCUCAAGGACUUGCCCAAACCAUCUGAAGAAAAGGUCAAACUUAUUUUAAACCAAAGUGCCUGGACAUCUCAAUCCAAUGCUUUAGCGUCCUGUUUACCCAGGCUGUCGGGGAAAUCAGAAACUGGAAAAACUGGUCUAAUUAACCUUGGAAAUACUUGUUAUAUGAAUAGUGUCUUGCAAGCACUUUUUAUGGCCACAGAUUUUAGGAGGCAUGUGCUAUCACUUAAUUUAAACGGGUGCAAUUCGUUGAUGAAGAAACUUCAGCACCUUUUUGCAUUUUUGGCUCACACCCAGAGGGAAGCAUAUGCACCUCAGGUUUUCUUUGAGGCUUCUAGACCACCUUGGUUCACACCACGAUCUCAGCAAGACUGCUCGGAGUAUCUUCGAUUUCUUUUAGACAGAUUACAUGAAGAGGAAAAGACUCUCCAAGCCCUGUCCUCAAGGAGUCUGGAUUCUAUGAUCACAGAUGGUAAUAUGCCACCGUCCUCUCCUUCAGGAGCAGAGGUCUUACCCCAUCCAGAGAACACUGGCUGGAGAUGUGACAAUAAGACACUAAUAGAAAGCAUGUUUGGAGGAAAGCUCCAAACUAAUAUUUGCUGCCUAAACUGCAGGAGUACGUCACAGAAGAUAGAAGCUUUUACAGACAUUUCUUUAGCAUUUUGUCCUUCUGCAGCUGACAAACCUGCACAAAACAUGAUCUGCUCCCUCACAGAAAAAAAUGAUGAUUGUAUAGAGAUUGAUGUUGCACCUGAAACAGAAUCGCAAAGCGUCGCUCUUCCUUCAGCUGACAAAGACUCCACCAAGCUAAAAUCUGCUGGGAAUGAAAUUCAGGCUAAUGGUUCCUGUGCACUGGACACCCCUACAUUUGAAAGUACAGUAGAGCGUGCUAGUGACUCGUGUAAAAACAGUGGACGAGAUAAACCCCUGUCUGUAACAGACUUGUUGAACUAUUUCUUAGCUCCUGAGAUCCUUGAUGGAGAAAAUCGUUAUCAUUGUGAAAAGUGUUCUUCCCUCCAGAAUGCUGAAAAGACUAUGCAAAUCCUAGAAGAGCCAGAAUACCUCAUAUUAACUCUCUUGAGAUUUUCAUAUGAUCCAAAAUGUCAUGUAAGGCGUAAAAUUCUGGAUAAUGUGUCCAUUCCACUGGUACUUGAGUUGCCAGUAGAAAGUACUACCUCAGUGGCUUCUCCUGUAGAUUGGAAUCAAGAUGUUGACAUUCCCGAGGUCGGAGAAAACUUGGCCAAAAAGCUGAAACCAUCUGGCACUGAAGAUAUGAGCUGCACACAACUUAUACCUUAUGUUUUAAGUUCAAUUGUGGUCCAUUCGGGCACCUCUUCAGAAAGUGGCCAUUAUUACUCAUAUGCAAGGAAUGUCACAAAUUCAACAAGGUGUAUCCAACCUGAGAAGACCACCUUGAUUUCUCAUCAAAGUCAGAUAGUAGGCAAGGAGAGCAACAACUCUAUUGUUGGGAAUGAGAAACCGGGCAAUGACAUGUCAAAAGAAUGGUUUCUGUUUAAUGACAGUAGAGUGACUUUUACAUCAUUUCAGUCCGUUUUAAAUAUAACAAGUCGAUUUCCAAAGGACACUGCUUAUGUGCUGAUAUAUAAAAAGCACAACUCUGGUGAUCUAGAGAAUGUGCAGUCUAAUUCUGCACAUGGACUAUGGGUGAAUGGAGAGCCCCCGCUUCAGAAGGAGCUCAUGGAUGCUAUUACGAAGGAUAAUAAGCUCUAUUUACAGGAGCAAGAACUCAGUGCACGCACACGGGCUCUACAAGCAGCAUCUGCUUCCUGCUCUUUUCGACCUAAUGGUUUUGAUGACAAUGACCCACCUGGGAGCUGUGGUCCUACUGGAGGUGGUGGAGAAGGAGGGUUCAGCACCAUCGGCAGACUUGUCUUCUGAAUAAGACAGAAUAUCUAUACGUUGUCCAAUAUGCACUGAUGACAGGACCACACUGGCCAAUGACUGUGUAGCCCAGUCUCUGACUGUGACACGUCACAUUUUACUACACAUAAACCAGUUAAAUUGACGGGCAGCUUCAAGAAUUAUCUACACUUGAAUGGAUAUACAUCAGUGUGUUCCUCUUUAAG